AUGGAUACCAGCACCAACAGCUCUGGAAAGGCAACAGACACGGAUGGAGAGGUGUACUACGAACGUUUGGCGCUCAUCAGAGCUGGAGUUUUGGGUUUGAUUUUUGUGCUUGCAACAUGUGGUAAUGUUUUCUUCUUGGGUACACUUUGGAAGAAGCGCAAAAGAAACUCUAAGACCCAGCUGUUCCUCUUGCACCUGUGCUUGGCAGACCUGGUGGUCGCUUUUUUCCAAGUCCUGCCACAAUUUUCCAUUGAAAUUACGCACAGGUUUAGAGGCACCGACUUCCUGUGCCGAACCGUAAAAUACUUGCAGGUGGUUGGGAUGUUUGCCUCCUCGUACAUGAUAGUGGCUAUGACCAUAGACAGGUAUCAUGCUGUGUGUAAGCCGAUGGUUUCUUUCAUGAAGGGCUCAUUUCGGAGAUAUCGCUCCAUAGGUGCCGCAUGGCUGGUUUCACUCGCCUUCAGUUUGCCUCAGCUCUUCAUCUUUUCUCUCCAGGAGGUGGAGGAGAACCACUACGACUGCUGGGCAACAUUUAUUGAACCGUGGGGGAGCCGGAUAUACAUCAGCUGGAUUACUCUGUCAGUGUUUGCUCUGCCCGCCGUUAUUGUGCUCCAUUGCCAAAUAAGAAUAUGCACAACUAUCUACUUCAACAUGAAGAGGAAAGCGCUGCAAGCAGGGCGCACAGGCACGAAAGGGGUGUCCAACGUGAUGCUAAAGACUGUGAAAAUGACAUUUGUCAUUAUAAUGGCAUACACUGUUUGUUGGAGUCCAUUUUUUGUUGUGCAGUUAUGGUCUGCAUGGAGCCCAAGCAGUGCGCCUACAAAAGGUCCAGUGUUUGCCAUCAUCAUGUUGCUGGCCAGUCUCAACAGUUGCACCAAUCCUUGGAUAUAUCUCUACUAUAGCUAA